GUGGAACCUCAACCCAGCAUGUUAUCAUGAUAGAGUCUGCAGYUGCAGAAGCUGCAGGUCCUGGGGUCAAGAUGGCGAGGUCUGAAGGAGAUGAAGACCCACAGCACAGCAGAGACAUCCAGACUGGAGCACCCUCUGUAGCCACAGAGGACCCCAUCACCGCCCCAGUGCAGCCCAGGACCCGAAGCAGCAUCACUGAGGUCAGUGGAACYCCGAACGCAGUCCUCAAGUCAAAGACAGACACCGAGACUUUAACACGAAGGCUCUUACACACAGGAUCUGACCACCGAUCAGACCCAGAGAGACUGGGCAGUCCUCCUGCUCCCAGUUCAGAGUACUUACUGGUAUUUCACCAGAGCCAAAGAACGGUUCAUUCCCGUGGAGAUGGUGAUGGUGACACGUUAGACACUGGUGGUGAUGAUCCGUCUUGUUCUUACACUACAGAGAUGGACCCUGGCAACAUAUCCUUGGGUUUAGAGACACAMACUGAUUUGUCUAGAGGGGACUGGAACCAGUACAGUAGUAGUGUAUACUCUGAAGGGUGCCUAGAUYAGAAAGGGGAGAAUAUAAUUGUAGAUGAGGUAACUGUGAAAGUGGAGUGUGACGCUUCUCCCACAUGGAAUGCAGAUAGUCAUCUAGGAGACGGACACUCACAGGGCAGAGAUUUCUUAGAUUACAGGGAAAGCUUAGAGACAAAUACAAACAUUGUGACCCACUCUCCUAUACACGUGUUCAGGGAUUGUGACCCAGUGUCCACGURGAUGGAGCCUUCCGAUUUACACAGCCAUGUCAUUUUCGAUCAGAUUUUGAACUCAAACGACAGGGCUAAAGCCCAGGCUCGGGGAGGGGGAUCCACAUCCGGCAAUAGUAAAGAGAAACGGUUCCUCUGCAUGUUCUGUAACAAAGGCUUCAGCUGCCCCCAGAAGGUGGAMGUCCACCAGAGGGUCCACACAGGGGUGAAACCCUUCAGCUGUACCCAGUGUCACAUGCGCUUCGCCCAGGCUCGUGACCUGAAGAGGCACCAGAGGGUCCACACAGGUGAGAAACCCUACAGCUGUCCCCAGUGUGAGAAGAGGUUCUCCCGCCAGGACCAUCUGAAGAUGCACCUGAAGGUCCACACGGGAGAGAGGCCGUUCUCCUGUACGCACUGUGGGAAGACGUUUUCAGAGAGGAGCUACCUCAGGAUACACCAGCAGAAAAACCAUUCCACUCUAUAACAUAAAAAGUAACCAUUCCACUCGACAGCUUAGAUCAAACCCUGCAUUAAAGACAAAGAUUCAUUUUCAUAUUUGUCAACAGAAUAGAUCCGUAGAUGCGUUUGGAAUAACAAGAGGAGCCGAUAUCGGUGUUGAAUAUUCCUGGGUAGAAUAUUGCAUCCAGACAUUGUGUGAUUAUAUAAGCCUACAAAGUCUGAWACAUAUUUAAUGUAUUAAUGUGCCUAUUUAAUUACUUGCAUUCAACUACUUAAUAUUUUUACCAAGACACAUUUCAUGAGAAAAUGAAUGGAAUGGAAUUUAUCAAGUUCAUGCAGAUUGUUAGUUGAGAUGUUAUGUGUGGUUUUCAUYUGGUGUAUUUAUAACUUGUUUUAUGUUCAAUAAACACAAAAUGGGACUUUUCAUUCUAAGACAUU